AUGACUAAAAAUUGGAUCAACCAGAUAAAUCAAAAAAGUACAGAAACAGCAUACAACGAAUUUAUAAAGAAUGCAGAACGAGAUACAAAGCCUAGUAAAGAAGAAGGAAAGAGUAAGGCAUAUGCCUUUCCUAGUUAUUUUAAUUUUAGUUAUACUACAGUUGAUAGUAUUAAGAACAAAACUUUCAAUCCAAUUGAUUCUUCAACUACAAACAACAUACAAACUGGUAAUUAUAUCUGUACUAAGACGAGUUGUCAAAGAACUGAUGGUCAUAUAAGUAAGACCGUAAAACCAUUUAAGAGUAUUUCUAAUAACGUAAGAGAUGAAGGUAAUCACAUACGUGUUGGGGACAAUAGAACGACUGUCAUGAUUCGUAAUAUCCCAAAUAAAGUUGAUCUGGAUAUUCUAAUUCAACUGAUCAAUAAGUGGGUGUUUGGAAGAUAUAACUUUCUUUAUUUAAGACUAGAUUUUUCAAACGGAUGUAAUACAGGAUAUGCCUUUAUUAACUUUGUGAGUAAAGAAGAUGUACAGAUAUUUUAUAAAGCUUUUCAAGGAUACAAAUGGAUUGAUUUUCAUCAUUCAAGUAAGGUUGUUCAAUUGGCAUACGCGAAUAUCCAAGGAUUAGAGGCUUUAAUUACUAAAUUUAAAGAAUCCUCAGUUAUGGGAAUGCCACCCGAGUACAGACCAAGAUUAUUUUAUACUAGCGGUAAAUUAAUAGGUAAAACAAAGCCUAAUUUUGAUUUAAAAGAAUAA